CUGAAGCUGGAUUGGAUUGAUUCCUCCAUCCAAUUCUUAGGAUACAAUACAACUAGCACAACCAGAAAAUCAUCCAAAUCCAACCUUACCCAAUGGCCUCUCUUCCCCACUCCUCUUGGUUUUGCACGCUGAGACCCACCAACAGUGGCGUUGCCUCUUCAACAAAACCAACUCAUAGAAACUACGGAUUCAAGUCCCCCAAAGCCUCGUCAUCCUCUUCUAAUGCCCAAUCUUCGCCCCAGAAUUCUUCAGAAGCGGAAGCCGGUGAGACGGAUCCGGUGAAGCUCGCAUUCGCCAGAGCCAAGGCGUACAAGAAAUCGCUGCAAUCGAACCCGGCUCCCGAAAUUGUUCAAAACCCGGUUCCCGAACCUGCUGAAUCCGGAAAUCCAAGUGGGUCGUUGGUGGAGGUUACCAACAAUGUCGGUGAUGAGGAGGUUCCUCUUUCUGUUAGACUAGCAAUGGAUAAAGCAAAAGAGUACAGGAAAAGCAAGGAAAUCACUACGGGUAAAGGUGGAAGAGCUGAAGAAAGUGAAGCGGCUUCAGGUAUUAAGAACGAUGGUUCAGUCCCCGGCAUUAUAAGUGGUGGCAAUCAGGAGGUCCCCUCUUAUGUGAAGGUUGCAAUGGAGAGGGCAAAGGAGUAUGAGAAGAACAAAGGAGCUUCAGACGGCGGUAAAAGUGUGCAGGAAAGUCAAUUGCGUAAAGGUAGUAUCUGCAAAAUAGGGAAUGUUCAAAAUAACAUUGGGCUUUUUCAAGGGGACUGUGGAGUAAAAUUUGUAAAUGUAUUGGUCUUAGGCUUGAAAGGAGGGAAUGGAACAAAUUCUGGAAAUGCCUUAUUUGAGAAGAUGACUGGUAAGAAGGAAGAACUGAAGAUUUCAAGCCUUGAUUUUGUCGGGCUUGACUUUGCUGAAAAGAAGAGCAGGCGACUUCCUGCUGGGUUGAUUCCAGUCUCUGACCCUUUUCAAGAAGGGGAUAUGCCUGAAGUAGAGAUACUUGUAGGGGAUACUAGCAAGUUUGAAAAUGCUGCGGAGUCACAGCAAAAGCCAAUUGAGGAAGACAACCUGGACGUUUACAAGCCGAAGGUUUCCACAUGGGGGGUUUUCCCAAGACCUAGCAACAUUUCAAAAACAUAUGGUGGUGGAAGAGUUAUUCGCCCUGGAGAGCAGCUUGAAACAGCAGAAGAUAAAGCUGCCAAAGAGAAGCGUACAAGAGAACUACUUGCUGCAUACAGGAGUAGAACUGGAUUAAGCAUUGAUACAAAGCUAAAAUUUCAAUGCGAGAAGGCUUUGCAGGAUGGAGAUUCCUUAAUGGACUGUGGCAAGCUUAAUGAAGCAUUACCAUUUUAUGAACAAGUGAUGGAUAAGUUAACAUUUCAGAGUGAACUUCAUGGGUUAGCUGCUUUGCAGUGGUCUAUUUGUCAAGACUCACUCAGUAGGCCCAACGAGGCUCGAGGCAUGUAUGAGAGGCUUCAGUCCCACCCAAAUGUUAAAGUGAGCAAGAGAGCGAAGCAGUUCUUGUUUGGCUUCCAGGCCAUGGAAAUGAUGAAAGUUAAGCGUACAUCUAUCUCUACGAUGAACACAGGUUACCAGAAUUAUUUUGAAGCAUUUCUUGAAGAUAAAGCCAACUACAGUUUGGAAAAUGCUGAUGUUGAAGAAGGUGUGACGACUCAAGUCCUCCCUUACAUUCUUUUUCUUGUUUCUCCUGUUAUUGUUGUCCUACUUAUUGCUGGUGUAAGGGGAUAAAAUUGAGACAUUUGAUAUUUUUGAAUAGGUUCUGUUUAUAGACUUUAUUUGAAAAUGUAGAUUGGCUCCAUUUAUCCUUUUUCAUAAUGACACCUUUACUAACCAGAAGGUUGAACACAGUAUGUAGCUUCUCCAUGAAUCAGAAUAAAACUCGUUACUUGUUGA